AUGUACCACCAGCUGCUGCUCGACUUCGCCUUGACUCCCACAAGCAUUGUCAAGACCAACGCGUUGCAUUCUACCAAGGAAAUGACCGAGUCAGAGCGCGACAUUGACAGCCUCAUGGAUACCGUAAAGACUGGUCGACGGAUGUUCCAGCGCAUAUGCGAUGCUGCUGCUACGUUGACCAUGGCCCUGAGAGGCGCUGCAGCCGAGGCCAUGGCGGCGCGGCUUGGAGCGACUCCAUCCCUGCCGGGUUCCCGGGCUGCUACGCCUAUGAUGAUGCCACUUAUACUGAAUCCCAACGAUGUUAUUGAAAUCGGUCGGAUGACGACUCAGCAGAAGACUAUCAAGUACGGAUAUCACUUCAACAAGGCUGAUGCCGAGGACGAAGGUGAUCCAUCGGUCUCUAUCCGGGUGCUCGAUAAUCCCAAUUAUCGUGACCCCAGCUCUUUGGUGAGGAUCGAGGGCGAUGCCUGCACCAGGGAGCUCAGCCUUCUGAACAGCAAGAAGAUGUCUCCUGUCUUUGACCUCACUUUGAUCCUGGCUGCCCUCGCCAAGGCCGCUGCCAAGGCCGAGUCCUGCCAAGAGCUCAUUGGUCUUUCGGCUCUGGAGGACGACCACAGACAACUACAUGGUGCCAUUCUGCACUAA